AUGGCAAUACCCGCUUAUAUACGUUUCUGGCUUCAAUUAGUGCCUGUUAUUCCAUCUCUGAUCGUUACUGUCGUUGUUCUUUGUUAUUUUCUCAAACACAAAGCACUUCGAACAGCACUUCAUAAUCAUGUUAUUAUACUUCUUUUAUUCGUUGGAUUGAUUGAAGAACUUACUGGUGUUGUGUGGAACAUUUAUUUUUAUCGUAAUGGUAUUGCUCCAGUAUCAACAACUGUCUUCUGUUGUACUUGGGCAUUUAUGGAUUCAAUAACAAUCGUCUCAAACUAUAUUUUGAUGACUUGGGCAUCGAUCGAACGUCAUGUUUUGGUUUUUCAUUCUGAUUGGUUAGCAACAAGAAUGAAACGUUUUAUCUUUCAUUAUAUUCCUUUGAUGAUGUGUAUCUUGUAUCCUGUAAUAUUUUAUUUUAUUAUGAUCUACAUUGUUCCUUGUGACAUUCCAUUGAAAUUCACAACUAAACAAUGUGGUUGUUAUUCAUGCGUUACUCGUAUUCCUCAGAUUUCAUUAUAUGACAGUAUUGCACAUUGUAUUUUACCUGCAUUUACGAUUGUUAUAUUUAGUGCAGCACUUUUCGUACGUGUUUUGUGUCAAAAAUACCGUAUCCAUCAAAGAAUCGACUGGAGAAAUUAUAAGAAAAUGGCAUAUCAAUUACUUCCAAUAUCUUUCCUUUAUACUGUUUUAGUAUUACCCCCGAUGAUUAUGUAUGCCGCUUAUUCAGGUGGCUUACCACGAACUGUGGCAGCCGAAUAUUAUAGUGACGCGAUCUUUUUUGUUCAUUGGGUUAUAUUCUUCACUCCAUUUGCAUGUGUCAUAUCAUUACCGGAAUUAUCAAUUAAAUGUCGAAAUGCAAUACAAUUUUGGCAUAGACGACAUACUGUGGUUCCUAUAAAACUGUUAACUGUAAAUCGUCCAAAUGUUCAUCAAUAG